AUGGAGCUACACAGCUUGCAGGAGGCGUUAAAAGUGGAAAUCCAAUGUCAGCAGAAACUAGUUGCACAGAUGAAGCAAGAUCCACAGAACGGGGAUCUUAAGAAACAAAUCCAUGAAAGGCAAUCAAGAAUAGCAGCUCUUAAUGAGAAACAAACUUUGGGAACUAUCACUGCAGUGCCCAUUAAGGUUCCUCAGGUCAGCUCCUUGCAGAGGUUGGCAGGACAAGGACCAGCAGUGCUACCUCAGGUUAGGCCAAAGACCCUGAUUCCAGACAGCCUCCCAAUCUCCCCGUGCAGAGACCAACCUUCCAAGCAGCCUCCCACCUUCCAGAAGGCAACCAUAGUGAGCAUCAAAAACCCCAGCCCUGCCCUCCCAACCGCCAACAACACCGUCAGCCAUGGACAGACACACAGCAGCCAGUCCCAAAGUGUCACCGAGCCUGCAGCCCUGUCGUCCCCUCUGAGUGGUGCUGGUGUGGCCUAUGCCAUCAUCUCCACGUCCCCCAGCAAUGCAGCUCCCAUCAGCACCAGCGCCGCUGUCUCGGUGGUCAACGACAGCAUCAAAGUGCAGCCGCUCCUCAUCAGUGCCGACAGCAAGGUUAUCAUUAUUCAGCCUCAAGUCCAAACCCAGACAGAAAGUAAACUGGAGACAAAGAAAUCUCCUGAAGAGUCAGCUCAGGGACUGCCUGCUACCAAAAAGAAAAAGGAGGAAAAUCCAGAGAAAAUUGCCUUCAUGGUAGCACUAGGACUGGUUACAACAGAACAUUUGGAAGAAAUCCAGAGCAAGCGUCAGGAAAGAAAGAGAAGAAGCACAGCAAAUCCAGCCUACAGUGGACUCUUGGAAACAGAGAGGAAACGCCUUGCAUCGAAUUAUUUGAAUAACCCCUUGUUCCUUUCAACGAGAGCAAAUGAGGAUUCAUUCUGGAAGAACGAGAUCCAUCACGAUGAACACUGCACUGCUUGCAAGCGUGGAGUUAACUUGCAGCCCUGUGGUACAUGUCCCAGAGCAUAUCACCUCAACUGCUUGGACCCACCCCUCAAAACUGCCCCCAAAGGGCUCUGGGUCUGCCCAAAGUGCCAACAGAAGGUUUUAAAGAAAGAUGACAAUGUGCCAUGGACUGGAACUCUGGCUAUUGUUCACUCCUAUGUUACUCAUAAAACAGUCAAAGAAGAAGAGAAGAGAAAGUUAUUAAAGAGAAGCAGUGAGCUGAAGAGUGAGCAUAGACAGUUAGAAGAAAAAGAUCGACUUCUCAACAGUGCAGUGAAGAAAUGCUUAGAGCUAAAAACCAGCCUGAUGGCCCAGCAGAAAGGGACUCAGUCAUCACUGGAACGUCUCAAAACCCUCAUUAGACUGAUACAAAACGAGCAGAUGAUUCAGGUUACCAUGACAACCACCACCACCACCUCCCUGCUAUCCAUCCCCUGGAUCAAACCCUCUGCUGCCUCUGCUGCCAUGCACAAAGCUCUGCAGCCAUCACAGGGCAACAACUGACAGGAGUCGGCUGCGCGAGGAACGGCGACGAGAAACUUUGUGCACAUCAGCAGAGGGGAGAUGAAACUGAAACAAAGGACAGAAGGAGCAAUCUCAGUUUUGAUACACUUAGAGACUUGCAGACCAGGCAGCCCAGUCUGUAGGUCACUGUGGCAGCACAUUCCCACAGAGCGGGUUGUGCUGCGGUUUUGUAUUUGCCAAGACCUUCAGUGCUUAUGACAUUUUGUUUUGUUAUGUUGGCCUUAAUGUAUUUAUGACUGAGGAUGAGCCAGAGAAGCAUGGCUGAUAGAGGAAGCAGGAUAGCCUUUUGUGGUGGCAGACAGGCUUUCUGUUCCAAGGGGAGAGGAGGUAGGGAGGUAUUAGAGAAGUAGUUGGGCUGAAAGCUAUGUGUGUGGGGGGGAAUUGGUGAAAUAACCAGAAACUGAGCUACUUAGCACUUGACAUGGAUGUCAGAGGAACAAGUUUGGCCCCAUUGAUUCAGGUGACCUGGAUAUGGGGUCUUUGUGACCAGGACAGCAUCACGGACACUCACAGAGCCUUGGAAACAAAAGAUCUUUUUUUUCUGUAUUAUUAGACUUGAGAAUUGCAGAUAUUUAAAUAAAGAAACUGUAUGAAGUUAGCAUUUCUAGUAAAAUAUUGAAGUAUUUUCAUGCUGAUGCAUCUGUAUAUGCGUUCCAAAAUAUUUAAAAAAUACAACUGUAAAACUCCUUUUGCAGGUCCUUUUUACUUAUUUUACUAUCAGUGUAUUUUUCUCAUGGAGUUUUUGUGCAAGGUUUAGCAUCAACCAUAACAGUGGAUACCUUUGACAGUUUGGGUUUCAUUUUUUUAAAGUUAUUAUUUUGUGGUUUUCUGUCUUUUUGUUCAUUUUGGAUUGUUUUUUAAACAAAAAAAGCAAAUAAAUAUUCUGGUUUUUGUUUCUUGUCAGUACAGAUAAUAUGCCAAAAAAUAACCUUUUUG